AUGAAGUUGUGCGUCAAAAUGCUUUACUUUGCAAUUCUUUUUUGUGCAACUUUUGCACUGGGAGUUCCCCUACAAGAGAAAAAAUCUGUUCAAAUAGGAGGUAGAAUAAUUGGAGGCCGAAAGGCAUACGCUGGCCAAUUCCCUUUCCUAGCAGCUAUUUAUACCCAUACAAAUGAUGGAAGUUACUUCUGUGGUGGAGCCCUUCUGACCCCAGAAUGGGUAUUGACCGCUGGUCAUUGCGUCGAUGGAGCUGUUUUGUUUACUGUUCAUUUGGGAUCCAAUACUUUGGAUGGUAACGACCCAAAUCUUAUCAAACUUUCAACAGACACAUUUGUUUUGCAUCCUGAAUAUGACCCAAUGACUCUGAAAAAUGAUAUUGGUUUGAUUAAAUUCCGCAUGGCUAUUACGUAUUCCACUUAUGUGUAUCCUAUACAUCUGUUGCCAGGAGCUCCGCUUUCUGAUUAUUCUUCACUUUUGACGACGGGAUGGGGACAGAUUAGUGAUGAUGACUCUGGUCUUCAAAAUGAGGUUUAUUAUGUGUCUGUAACAACCAUUUCGAAUAAUGAGUGUAAACUGGUUUAUGGUAACCAAAUUCUUGAUACUAUGGCAUGUGCCGAAGGAAAUUAUAAUGAAGGAAUUUGCUAUGGCGAUACUGGAGGACCAUUGAUUCAAUAUGUGAGUCGGAAUCAAGUUAUGCACGUUGGUGUUGCAAGUUUCUUUAGCCAAAACGGAUGCGAAAGUACUGAUCCAUCGGGAUACACCAGAACGUACGAUUAUGUAAAAUGGAUCAAAAAUAUAACCGGUUUUAAAUAAAAUGUUUGUCAAUAAAAUGAUAAUAAGUUA